AUGGCGGCCGACACAGCCAGCAAUAGCGGCUCUGUGGUGCCCUGUCCUGAUCCCUCAGCACAUCAGCACGACAAGGGCCAUGAUCUGUCCAAUGCCGCAUCCACAGCAGCAUUGUAUGCGACGAGUCAUGGAAAGCAUGGCGAGUCAAAGGAGGAAGAGCCGCGAAAGAAGGACGUGCUAGACGCGGAUGGCAAGCUGUCAGCGAGCAGCGCCGCAACAUCGCUCAAGUACGCCAAAGCACAAGAUCUCCCCAGCUUCCCUACCACGGGCAUUGCUGCGGGCUCAGCCAGUAAGGCGGCCCUUCUCGCCAAAGACUACAAGAUGCAGGAUCUCUGGGAGGCUUCCGCCAGUAAGGACGGUCACUCGGCGGCUACAUUGGCUAUGCGCAGCAAGGGCCUUGGACCUGAGAUCUACCAGGGCAGCUCAGCCGAGCAGAAGAGUAAAGCACUGCUGGCUGCGACCAUGUCCGUGAACAAGGGCCGACAACGCGCUGGCUCCAGCCCGGUGCCUGCACAACCAGCAUACCCUGAUUCUCAGAAUGCGGUAGCCAAUGCAUUGAGCGCCGCAACCGCUUCUCACCGCACCUCCACCAUGAAAAGCAACGACGGCUGGAACUCUCAAGCGAAUCAGGCAGCGCGAAUUGUCAACAGCAAGGUCGAUCGCGGCAUGUACACGAGCAACAUUCACUUUGAGAGUGAGGAUGACAGGCAUCAAGCUGCGUUGAAGGCAUCCGCAAUGACCAUGGCCAAGUCGCUUUACGCGAACCAGAACCGAGACGCUAUGCUGGCGGAUCCAGAUGGUGGUGCUGGUGAGGGUGCGGGCCUUGCCAUGUCCCGAAACCAGGCAUCAGCGACCUCGCCUGAUAUCAAGGUCGAGGCUAUGCGGUACAUCCAAAUUCAGGAGGCUGCACGCAAGCUUGCUGCCGAGCGACUGGCCAAGAUUGACAAGGAUGGCGAGGCAGCCCGAUUCCGUGAGUACUACGGGUAUGGGAAUGAAGAGAAGCCUAAGCGACUGUCUCGCAUGUCUAUGCGCAGCAGUGGUGGCAGAUCAGGACGCAGACGGGCGGCAAGCGAAGGCGCAGACUCUCUCGACUCCGACGACGAGGAGCAGGCCGCCCGCAUUCGCACGCAGAUGUCUCAGCUUCACACCGGUGUCACCACUGUUGAUGCCAAGAAGCAGCAGGCCGACCGUGCUCGUGUCAUGGCUGCCGCUGAGAAGCGGGUAUCGGCUCGUCUACAUGACAUGGACGAGCGUGUUUACGCAGACACGGGAAGAGUGUCACAAUCCAUGCAAGAGGAGUGGGAGGCCAAGGCUCGUCAGCGUGCGGAGAAGGAGAGAGAAGAGCGUGCCGAGCACCCGGGUAAGACGCACAUUGGCGGCGGCAAAUUCAUGGACCAAGCCGAGAUUGAGGCCAUUGCCGCUGCACGACUCAAGCCGACGCUUGACGAGAUUAGCGACAACGCUGAGAAGAGGCGGGCGAGAGACGAGGAGCUGCGGAUCGAGAAGCAGCAGCAGGAGAAGGUGAAGAUGGAGGAGACCAUGCAGAAGCAGCAGCUGAAGGAAGAGUUUAAGAAGAUCAAAGAUGCGGACAAAGCCGUUGCCCAGAAGGAGAAGGAGGAAGCAAAAGCUCGCAAGGAGGAGGAGAAGCGCCUUGCAAAGGAGGAGAAACGCAAGAGCCGCGGUGAUGCCAUCGUUGUUGGUACUGCUGGCGACGACGACGACGAGUUGGACGCCACAGAUAAUGAUGUUGAGAGACACCGAUCUGUCUUUGCUAGACUCAAGAACAGAUUCAGCAAGAGUGGUGCGCCUGGCGAGCUUGYCACCGAGCAGGCCGAGGACACUACCAAGGUGACUGAGCCGACCACGACGACGACGGCCACAACUCCACCAACUACUACCGACAACACUGGCAACGUGGCUGGCGUCGCCGCUGGCGCCACCAUUGCCGAGGUGGUACACUCGGAUGAGAAGACCAAGGAGUCUGACCCAGAGAAAAUUGACAAUGGUCUUUCCAGAGACGAUACUCCACCUCCGAUGCCCAUCUCUCCAGUAACCAUCCGUGAGACUGAGCCCAAGCCUCGCGCGUCUUCGGAAGUCAGUGACAGCAAAUGGAAGCCCGUGUCGGUUUCAUCCACUGCUGCCGCCGAGGAUAUAAUCCUCGGUGAUGCCCCUGCGAUCGCCGUCGUGGACACCCCCGAGGAGCAGCCUCUCCGCCCGCUGUUUGAGCAGAAGCCAAGUCUCCACGGACUUCACAACGACGAAGCGGACGAAACCGGCACCCGUUAUUCGGCACUCGAACGCCACAUAUCGCAGAUUCCAGAGAGUGAUGAUGACGAUGAAACUGCUACUCUGGACGCCCAGAGUAAGCAUGUCGGCAGUCUUGGAACCGAGAAUGCUCAGAUAGUUGCCAACAGGGUCACCACGUCGCCGGUGACAGAUGAUCCUGCCGCCACGGCCAAGGCCCCUUUGCCAACGUCUGCCUUGACGGAUGAGACCCUUUCGCGUCUGGACGAACAGCGUGCAGAGGCACCCAAGGAUGUGACGAGCACCGCUACCACCGCACCCGUAGCAGCGUCUGCUGUUGCGACCAGCAGCACCGCAGUCCCAUCCUCCUCCAGCGAGCAACCCGAGAAGAAGGAGAAGGGUGUUCGUGGACUCUUGAACAAGCUGCGUCAGCGCAGAGGCGACUCGGAGACUAGCGCGGUGUCAACAAAGUCCACUACCGAUGCAUCUGGCCUGCCUGAUGGAGCUGGUGCCCUCACCAUUCCCCCCGCUGGCAUCAAGUCCACUUCAAAGUCACCCGGUAUUCCCGAAGCCGCCGGAGCCCGUACCAUCCCUCCAGUAGAUGUUGGUCCUCGAUUCUCCAAGGCUGACGUCGACUCUUCAGAUGACGAGGAAGGCCGCGGUAGGGCUCGCAGCACCAAAAAGUUGCAGAAGAAGAUGGGAUUCGGCAACUCUCGCACCACCACUCCAAAGGCUGGAGACAAGGCUGGAGAUAARGCUGGAGAAGAGCCCGGUCGUGACUCGAUCGCUACGACUGAUAAUGAGACGUUUGAAGAGGCCAGGGACCAUUUCGACGAGAGUCUUGCACCGCCUCCCGCUUUUGGUGGACAGGCGAAGACGGCCGAAGGUGGAAGCCCGAGUCGCGGGACAAAAUUCCAAGAGGAGUUGUGA